CACCUUUCUAAUAAUUGAAUCCCCUACAACUAUAGCCUGCGAACAAGCAACCCUAGGGCCGAACAUGCAGUUGUUAUAGUUCCAGCAAUGGUAGGGGUUAAUCUUACCUGCACCUCUCCCCCAAUAAGCAACAGGAAAAACCUUUUUAUAGACCCUGCCUUGCUUUGCUGCUUGCCUGAGCAAACAGGUUCUGUUUAGCGUUUGUGCUUUAGUUAGAAAAUAGUGUUAUGAAAUCUGUCUGACCCUGCUAAUUCCUAAUCCUCUGGUAUUGUGUUGUUGUUGAUUCCUGUGCAUGAUUUUGGUAUGUUUCCUGACUAUCCGCUUAGUCUCAUCCCUUUGGGCUGUGUGUCUUUGAUUUCUGUGUUUGAGCCGGCUAGGCUUCUUAAACUGCUCUGUUGUGUGGCCUGACUGACACUGUCCCCCACAGACUGCUCUCACAUCUGAACAGGUGCUGCCUUUCUGAGUUACUGCUACUUAUUAUCUGUGCCUGCGCAGUUCUCUAGCCUGUAGUACUCAUUACAGGGGUGUAUUCAGUGUAAGUACCCUACAGCCGGUUCUUGGGUGACACAGCCACUGGGGUCUAUAACACCCUUUAUGUGAUACCUAACAACAGUAGAGUGAAAAAGUUGGCUUUUUGUUGAAGUUCGCUUUCUACUCUACUGCACAAGCAAUACGAAGACAGAAAAAAGAAGAGCAUUGCUGUCUAGCAACUACCCCGGGCUGGUGCAGUUUUAUGUGAUUAAUCAUUAGGGGGCCCUAACAUUUUGGCACCCCCCAUUAAAUGUACCUUUCCUUCUCCUUUAAAAGGCAUUCACCUUUAACUCUUAUUAUUUCAUUUUCUAUUCAGUGACUCUCCAGUUUAAAAUUUCAACAGGUAUCUGGUUUCUAUAGUUAAAAUUAACUUAGUGACCAGAGUGUGGUUUGAAUAACCCACUGCUAUAUAAAUAGAAAAGGACCUGAAUGAAAACAGUAAUACAAAGUAACAAUAAAAAUAAAAUUGUAGCCUCACAGAGCAAUAGGUUUUUUGGCUUCUGGUGCCACUAGCCCCCAUUUGAACGCUGGAACAAAGAAGGCAAAUUAUACAAAAACUGUAAAAAAAAUAAAUAAUGAAGACCAGUUGAAAAGUUGCUUAGAAUUGGCUAUUCUAUAACAUACAAAAUGAUGGUGAACUAUCCCUUUAAGAUUAUAUGAUACAUUCAGUUGAUUAAGAUUCAACCUUUGUGCCUGCCAUAACUGUAACAUGUCUGUGACCUCUGGUGGAGAAUACAGCUUACAUCUUUCUAAAUAAACACACCUUAUAUAAAAAGGGAUUACUGUAAAUUUACAACUAUCAUUUUAAUGGUUUUGUAAAUGUAAAUUGAGAUACAUUUCUUCCUUUGUAAAGUGCCUUUCCUACAUAUUGAUUUGUCUUAUAUAUAAAGCUUUUAUCUGGUAAUGUUCAUUAUGGCUAGAAACCUCCAAUUUCCAAUUGUGGUAUCUGGUUUUAUAAACUAAAAUAUUUUAUCUUUAUAAUAUUGCAUAAUAUAUACCAGUGAUUUAUAGCUGUGACGUUGUUGCAUGAUGUCACUUUUAGUACCAGAUAGAGCAGAAACAGUAUGGCCGGCCAACAAUUUGAAAAAGCCUGUUGUAGACAGGGAUACCAAAGGAUAUAUCUGUUGAAAGGUAAAAAAAAAACAAAAAACAAAACCUCGCUUUUGGAAAAUAGCUAAUUUUGAGGGAUUCUAACAGAAUUCCUAAACUUAGUGAAAUUACCCUUCCAGUUGAAUGUGCAUAUGAAGUAGAGAAUGAUUGCUAUCUCCAGACACUACUGCAUGUCCAGUCCUGCUGAAAGACCUCUGGGCAAAAACACUUCCUUUCCUGUAGUAGAGGCUGUGGAAUGCACAGGCUGAAACCAAUCCAGAUGUGCUUAUUUGGCAGUCUGAGUCAAGCACACACACAGAGCACAAGACACAGAAACCUAAAAAGGCUCAAUACAAGCAUGAAAUAUAUUGGGAUUGUAUUGAAUUCCUCUACUUUGCUACAAGAUUGUCUCUAUCUCUGGUGCCCUGUCUGACAGAUGAACUGCCCAGUAUUCUGCAACUUUCCUUGGCUGCACAGCACUCCUUUUGCUGCUCCAGGAGGGGGAAGGAUUUCAUGUUUGUUGCCACAUCAUUCCCAGCACUGGUUCCACUUUCAGAGUCUAACAGCUCUCCAUGGCUCGGUUCCGUCUCUAAGACAGUUUGUAUGUGGGAAAUCCAUGAAAUUAGAGACAAAAGGAUUUGGGAAUAAGUAGAACUGUGAGGAUGGGAUCGCACUUGUUGCUCCAUGAAUCAAGGAGUCUUUAAUCCUUGGCAAUUUCUGUAAACAAUGAGAGUUCGAAUAAAGGGAGAUGUCCUCUGCACCCUUCUCCUAGUGAUCGUUCUCUGUACCUUACUGUACAGUCUGAUGAGACCAACCAAUAAACAAGAAACUGCUUACUAUAAGAAAAGCAAAGAAUCAAAGAGCCUGAUAAAGAUUGGGAAAAGUUACUUGGACAAACAAACAAAAGGUUACGUGGACAAACCUAAAAGCAUGGGUAAGGCCAAACUUCUCUCUGAUGAUUAUAAGGUGAGCAACAAGGAACCCAAGGCUUCAAUUUCAUCGCCAACAACAGAGCCUCCCUUUGACUUCCAACUGUACCUCAGGAGUAAAGAUUUUCGAAACUUUAGUCUCAUGAUUAACCAACCAAAUAAAUGCAAGAGAUCCACAAUGGAUCCAUUUCUUCUUAUUGCUGUAAAAUCCAUAGUAGAAGAAUUUGACCGUCGUGAAAGUGUACGGAAAACCUGGGGUCGGGAAGGUAUGAUUAGUGGGGUAAGGGUUCAAAGAGUGUUUCUUUUAGGAACUCCAAAGAAUAAGACUGCCGUGUCCAUGUGGGAAUCCCUUAUGCAUCAGGAGAGUCACUACUACAAAGACAUUUUGUUAUGGGAUUUCGUCGAUACUUUCUUCAACCUUACCUUAAAAGAGAUCCAUUUUCUUAGCUGGGCAGAAGAGUUUUGUGGAAAUGUUAAAUUUAUCUUUAAAGGGGAUGCUGAUGUUUUUGUCAAUGUAGAAAACUUGAUCAAUUAUUUGCAAAACCAAAAUGCCUCAGAAGACUUAUUUGUUGGAGAUAUUAUAAAUCAAGCAAGACCAAUACGCUCCAAAAAAAGCAAAUACUACAUUCCAGAAACAAUGUAUGGUCUUGGGUUGUACCCACCCUAUGCAGGAGGGGGAGGAUUUUUGAUGUCAGGGAUCACAAUGAAAAAGUUGUCCCACGCCUGCCAAGAAGUAGAGCUUUUCCCUAUUGAUGAUGUAUUUCUGGGCAUGUGCUUGCAAAGAAUAAACCUUAAACCAGUUAUGCAUGAAGGUUUUAAAACUUUUGGAAUCACCAAGCCCUCAGCUGCUCCUCAUAUGGAGACAUUUAAUCCCUGCUUCUACAGAGACCUUAUGGUUGUGCACAGCCUGAAGCCAGCAGAGAUAUGGCUGAUGUGGAAUCUCCUCCAUGGCCAGCAGUUACCCUGCUCCCAAAAACAAAGGAUUAAAAAACCAUUUCAUUGGAAGAAAGCAAAACAGAGGGUGAAAGCUGUCACCAGCUGACUUGCAACAACUGCAAGAGAGUCAUGCACUAGCCAAACAUUUGGCCAAACAUUACAAGGCACAGUUAACAGGUUUUGUUUUUUUUUAAUAAAGGAGAACCUCUUUUAGACAGUUUCAUAACACACAAAAGUGUUGCUCUAAAGCAUUUUUCAAAAACAUAUACAACCUUUUGAAAAUAUUUAGUUCUUCCAUAUAAAAAACACUAUACAUCUAAGCAGGUCAGUCAGUGCUUAGUUUUCUCAGGGUGCGUAAAUAUAUCAUAUUGGAUCAAAUAUGCACAAUGCUUAGAACCUUGGGUUUUCUAGAAACAGGGUCUUUCAGUGAUAUGGAGCACUAUGCUUAAAGGGGAACUCCACCCUAACACAACUUGAGCUUUUUGAAAAGUAAACAUAAUUCCAAGCAACUUUGCAAUAAACG